AUGAAAGGUAAGCAUUAUGGGCUCUUCUUAGGCUUGAUCAUGCUUGUGCACAGUGUUUAUAGUCUGAUUGAGUUUAGACAUCUAAUGGAAGACUCUAUGCAUAGCAUCCACAUCGGCAUGCCAAAAGACGUAAUUUCUAUUUAGAUCCUUAUUGAAGUCGUCAUAGGUGCACUUAUAGCUGUCUAUUCCUGGGCUCCAAAUGUCUCCCAGUUGCAAAAAAUCAUUAUAGGGCCUUCCUAUAGAUGGCUCGGAAUGCGCCAUCUAUAGGAAGGCCCUAUAUACUAUUAUACUUGUUGACCUCGCUCCAGACUUGACUCCUGUGCGUGUUCCACCUAAGGAUCACCCUCCUCUCUGUGUCAAGCUGUAAAGCCCCUUUACGUCCUUAUCCUUGGCCAAAUGACUUACGUUAUACGAUUAGCAAUAUUUAGCAAGUUGCAUAAGGUACAUCAGAUAAACCGAAGCCCAUAAUAAUAAAAUUCGCGCAGGAGGAAAGGUUUACGGGUCAACCAUUACCGUGCAUACUCAUUUUAUUAUUAUUAGCUAAAAAAAAUCAAAGCUUCAGAACACUUUAGAGAGAAAAACCCUGAACAAUUCGAAGAGAGGCCGUCAUUCAGAAACUAUUACAACACCAGAGGAUCCUUAAUACACAAUCGUGCAUCAAAAGACCUUGAAAAGCCAAAUUAA